AUGCGCUUCUCUGCCAUCGCCGCGGGCUUCGCGCUCGUCGGUUCCGUUGUCGCUGAAGAUCUCCUCUUCCUGGACGAGCUGGUGGGGGACGAGGAAGAGCAUGCCGUUGGCCUGGGGUUCACCACCAAGGUGGUCACCGAGACAGAAUGGCGCGCGAUGAAGACAUCUGACUUCGCGGCCUUCAAAGCCAUCAUCAUCGGCGAUCCGUUCGGGAGCAGUGACGUGAGUCUGAUCCAGGUCCUGGCAGACACAAACACCACCUGGGGGCCUGCUGUCACCGGAAACGUCAUCAUCCACGGCGCCGAUCAGUCCAACCACGAUUCCCAAGGCGUCGCCGGUGCGUCUGUGCUCAUUGACAACAGCAUCAAGUUUGCCGCCGCCGGGGUCUCUUCCACCGGCUCCUCCCAGACCGGAUUCUACCUGUCCCUCUCACAGUACUACAACACCGCCGCCGUCGACACCCCCGUGCCGGCGCUGUCCUAUUUCGGCGACUUCAAGGUCUUUGGCCAGGACAACAAUGGCGCGGGAGGGUACAACGAGAUCCAUAUCGUGGCCUCGUCGCCCGCGAUCGACACCCUGACCGACGCCGAUCUGUCGAAUUGGUCCUACAGCACCCACGAGGCCUUCUCCUCGUACCCUUCGGUCGGGCAGAAUGGCUUCCAGGCGCUGGCAAUCGCAGACGGGGUCAUCACGACCGGCACCCAGAGCUAUGGUGACGGCCACUCCGGUCUGCCGUACAUUCUAAGCCGCGGUGCAACCCCGGCCGGCUGCGGUGAUGGGAAGUUCGAUCCCUCGCUGGGUGAAGAGUGCGACGACGGCAACACCGUGGACGGCGACGGCUGUUCCAAGAGCUGCAAGUGUGAGAGCGGCAUUGCCAACGGAGACGGCACUUGUGGCUCCGCCAACACCACCAGCAGUUCGACCACUUCUACCACGACCUCGACGUCCUCGAGCACAACGACAACCUUUACAACGUCUGUCCUGUCCACCACCAUAUCCAAGACCUACACGAACACGACGACCUGGUCGACUGGCUCCUCCAUUGUCAGCUCGAAGACCAGGACCACAGCCAGCCCGGUGACGGCCACGACCUCAAGAAGAGCCUGGACCGCCCCUCCGUACAUUACGCCUUCGGUCCCCAAAUCGCAGUGCAUUGGCAUCGAGGUCAUCGUGUCUGUGACCGAGGUCGAGCAGUGCAGCACCAUUGACCCGACCAGCACAGUCACGUACACCACCACCAGCGUGCUCUCGACGUACCAGAAGCCCAUCUACAACACGCCCAUCCCGUCGAUGCCAUGCUACGUGUGCGCCUUCGAGGCCCAGGGAAUCACCGUGACGGACUUCAUCACGGCGACAACGACUCAUUGCCCAUCGAAGCCCACGGCGGAGCCCGCGGUCAUCUACCCUUGCGCGACAUGCCAGGGCACGAGCCUGACCGCGUCGUGUCCCUGGAAAGUCACCCCGACGGCGCCGCUCCAGCCAUACACCACCUACGGACCUGCAGGGCACGAGCACGGUGAGGGACACCCGCCCGGUGCCGGCCACUCUGCUACAGUCGCUGCCACGGCGGUGACGUACGGAGGUGCCGCGGGUUCUUCGCCGCCGUAUGUUCCCGGUGGUGCGCCUGCGGCGUAUACUCCAGGGGCCGCUCCUCCUCCAGUUCCAGCCUCUACCGGCGGCGCUUCUCCGGCUGGUUACGUUCCAGGUGCCUCCCCCGCCGCGUACACCCCAGGCGGCUACCCCCCAGCAUUCACGCCGGCAAACACCCCAGUCGCCGCGGCGUCGACCAGCUACGCGGUCAACGCCGCCUCGGUCUCAGGCACGCCAGCGAGCUCCGCCUGGACUCCCGAUGCGAUGUCGGUCGUGGCCACCUACACCGGCGGCGCUGCCUCCAGACCUACCGGCGCCGUCGGGUUGAUGGGAGUGUUGCUCGGAGCAGGGGCCGUCGCAGUUGUCGCCGUCUAG